UCAACAUAUAGCCAGUUUGAAUAAUUUUCUUUGAUAGAGGAUUAUAGCUACUGCUCAUCAAGAUGCUUUUCACAAUAUUUGUUGCUUUACCAGUUCUGCUGGUAGCUCCUUUAGUACUAGCAGAGGAGAAAGAAUACUCUAUGGCAGAAGUACAGGAAUAUAUAUGCGGAGAUAAACAUAAAGAUGUAUCCGAAACGGUCAUGGAAUGCGUGGGACAGCAAGAUUUUACACCGUACAAAGAUUGUAUGAUGGAAUGCUAUCCUGGCCUGGAAGGAAUCAGUAAGGAUGAAUUAAAAGCAUAUCAUUGUUCACAGAGCCCCGGAGAUCUGGAAAAAGGUGAUGAAUGUAUGGUGAAUAAGUUGAAAGAAGAAGGAAAAACCGAAGAAGUUAAAGAGAUUAUGAAUGAACUUAAGGCAUGUAUCGAGGCAGGACUAGGCGAAAGGAAAUGAAGAAAAGAAACAUCAGCCCAAUAUAUUACCAAUGAAAUUUAUUUUUGUAGCUUAUUUUAUUUUCUGACUUAAGCAUGUUUUAAAAAAACUAAUAAAAAGUAUGAAAUUC